UAUCAAUCAGCAUAAUUCUGGUCUUCUGUGAAUAUAUUGGGCAAUUUUUUGACACGAAUCCUAUGCUAGUAAUUGACAACUAUUGAUUGUGAUUAAAGUGUCAUAGAUUCUAAUAAUAAACUCAAAUGAAAUUAAUAUUUAGCUUAUAAUGAAAACAAUGUUGUGGUGUGAAUUUGGAUAGAAUAAAAUCUGAUUAGGAUUUAGUCCAACAUCUUAAAACUUGAAAAAAUGGAUUUGAGUGGUGUAGGAGGAGGUAGAAGGCGUACUGUGCCAAGAUGUUCUGCAGAAGAUCAAGCUUUAGAUCAAAUUGCUAAAGAGGCCGAAGCCAGGCUAGCGGCACGGAGGCAGGCGCGCGUCGAAGCAAGGGAGAUCCGAAUGAGGGAGUUGGAAAGGGCCCAAAGGGACCAAGAUGAAACUGCUGAUCGAGCCUAUGAUAUGCAGUCAGCUAGCGAUCCUAUUUUACGAAGCACUAGAUCAAUAAACUCUUCAAUUAAUAAAUCACAUGGCAACUCAUUAUCAUCAAGAAGGAGUUCAGAAGAUAGUUUAGAAGAUGGUCAAAGAGAUGCUUGGCAAGAAUUGCGAAGUGUUGAAGAUAGAUUUCGAAAAGCAAUGAUUGCCAAUGCACAGCUUGAUAAUGAUAAAGCUGCAGCAAGUUAUCAAUUGCAACUUCAUAAGGAUAGGCUUGAAGACUUGGAGGAAGCCCAUUCACAACUACAGCGUGAGCACAAAGAAAAAUGUCGAGAAUGCGAACAAUUGCGAAGAUCUGUAACACAGCUAAAGGAAGAGCUUUCCUUGACCAGAGGCCAGUUGGAAGAACGUGAUGAACUUAUAGCAGAGCAAGGGUUGGUCAUUGUGGGUGGUGAAUGUGAUGAUGAAAACAAGGAAAUCACCAAAAGAACUUUAGUCACCAAAGAAGGCGCCGCACUGCUGGCUGGAGCUGGCGAAGGAUCUCUUGACUUCCGAUUACGGAAUUUUGCUGAAGAAAGAAAGAGCAUGCAACAAGAAAUCCAAAACCUGCAACAAGAACUGCAUAAUGCUAGAUCUUCCGGAAAACGCGGUAUUUCCAAUGGACCGUUGGGCGAAUUUGAUGAUAUUGAAAGUGUUCAAAGAGAAGCAAAUAAACAAUUGUCUGAGAUGAGAUUCAAGCUGCAAAAAUCGGAGCAGGAGACUAGUUCUUUACAAGCUGUUGUUGCUAGAUUAGAAUCUCAGGUUGUUAGAUAUAAAAGUGCUGCGGAGGCAUCUGAAAAAUCAGAAGAAGCACUUAAAACGGAUCGAAGGAAACUACAAAGAGAGCAUCGUGAAGCACAAGCAAGAGUUGAAGAACUUGAAACGGCAAAUAAUCACUUAAUAAAAAGACUAGAUAAGUUAAAAAAUGCAAAGAGUGCUCUAUUGAAAGACCUCUGAUUAUAUGUGCUGUGUAAAGCGAGAUUUAUAACAAAUAUUACGGACUUCAAUGUAUUAUGUAAAAGAGUAUAUAUUAUUGUAUUAAGAGGAUUAACUCAUGUAUUUAUGAA